CAUACAUCAUGUUUGAAGAUUUUUAUAUAAAAGGAUUGGAGUUGGACACUGUCACUCCUCAACUGCAAGUAGAUUUCAAAUAAAAAGUUGUUAAGGAGCUCACAGUUGAUUUUGUAAGAUGGAAGUUGGGCCGGCGAGUGGCGGUGGCCGCAGGAUCAAGUUAAGGAUUUUUGAGGUUGCAUCAUGGUUGUGGUUUAUUAUCACUGCCACAGUAGCUCAAACUCAAAACACCACCGAUCCAGCUGAAGCACGAGUUAUACAUGACAUGUUCAGGCAAUGGGGGAUAGAAGAAAGUAAAGUAGCAAACAUGAGAUGGAAUCUAAGUGGAGAACUGUGCAGUGGCGCUGCGGUGGACUCUACCCGCUACGAUUCACAGGCUUACAAUCCAGGCAUCAAAUGUGAUUGUAGUUUCCCCAAUUCUACUUGCCACAUCACUCGACUAAGAGUUUAUUCAUUGAACGUGGAGGGCCCGAUCCCAGAAGGACUCUGGACUUUGGUUUACCUUACCAAUCUAGAUUUGGCCCAGAACUAUUUGACAGGUACCUUGUCACCUUCAAUUGGCAAUUUAACUCGGAUGCAGUGGCUGACUAUGGGUAUCAAUGCUUUAUCUGGGGAGCUUCCACCAGAGCUAGGACAACUUUCUGAUCUUAGAUUGCUGGGAAUUGGCACAAACAGUUUCAAUGGUUCCCUGCCAUCUGAACUUGGAAAUUUGCGAAGAUUAGAACAGCUUUACAUUGAUAGUUCUGGAGUUGGCGGUGAAAUACCAUCAACAUUUGCUAAUUUACAGAACCUGGUUACAGUAUGGGCUUCUGAUAAUGAAUUCACUGGAAGAAUACCUGACUUUAUAGGGAAUUGGACACAGUUAGAGUCAUUGAGGUUUGAGGGCAACUCUUUUGAAGGUUCAAUACCACCUUCGUUUUCUAGACUGACGUCUUUACAGGAGUUAAGGAUAAGUGGUUUAUCUAAUGGAUCUUUGAACUUUAUAAGGGAUUUGAAGUCCCUUAAUGCUCUAGUUUUGAGGAAUAACAGAAUUACUGGCCCUAUUCCAGCGGACAUUGGAGAAUAUCAAAAUUUGGAACGUCUGGAUUUGAGUUUCAACAAUCUGAAUGGACAGAUUCCAAGAGAGUUGUUCAACUUGAGUCGACUCUCUUUCUUGUUUCUUGGAAACAAUAGCUUAAAUGGCACCCUUCCCGAAGUAAGGAGCGCAAAUCUCAGAAAUAUUGAUGUGUCAUACAAUGAACUAUCUGGAACACUUCCUUCUUGGGUUAAUGAGGCAAACUUACAACUUAACUUAGUUGCGAACAACUUCACUUUAGGAGAUUCAGGAAACAGUGGUUUGCCUUCAGGUUUAGAGUGUCUCCAAAGGAAUUUUCCUUGUGCUCGUGGGUCCCCAAGAUAUAGUGAUUUUGGAAUCAAUUGUGGUGGUCCUCCAUACACGUCAUCUAACCGGUUACUCCAUGCGCAAGAAACUGAAGAACUUGGAGAAGCAACAUAUUAUGUGAAUUCUGAAAGAAGGUGGGGUGUCAGCAAUGUUGGUCAAAGGCAAAACUCAAACUCUACGGUUUUUUCUUCACGCCAAUUCACAAACACUUUAGAUUCAGAACUUUUCCAGACAGCACGAAUCUCUGCUGGAUCAUUAAGAUAUUAUGGGUUAGGGCUGGAAAAUGGUAACUACAAAGUCACCCUCCAGUUUGCAGAACUAGAGAUAGAAGAUAGGCGCACUUGGACAAGUACUGGAAGGCGUGUCUUUGACAUUUAUUUGCAGGGAAACCGAGUGUUUCCAGAUUUUGAUAUAAAAAGGGCAGCAGGGGGAGCCUCCUUUAGUCCUGUUCAAAGGCAAGCAACAGUUGAGGUUACAGAUAACUACCUUGAGAUUCAUUUAUUCUGGAAUGGAAAAGGGACUUGCUGCGUACCUAAUCAAGGGACUUUUGGACCUCUUAUCUCAGCAAUCAGUGCCACCCCAAACUUCCCCCCCACUGUGAGCAACACUCCACCUUCCACAAAGAAGAAUAGGACCGGUUUAAUUGUUGGGAUCUUGGUUCCUAUUGCAGUUGUUACCUUUCUGUCAUUAUUAGUCCUAUAUAUUUUUCGUCAACGGAGGAAAAAGCAGGAUACAUCUGACAAUUAUGAAGAGUUUUUGGGAAUUGACGCCAAACCAUAUACCUUUAGUUAUGGAGAUCUGAGAGAUGCAACCGAUGAUUUUAGUCCUGCAAAUAAGCUUGGUGAGGGAGGUUUUGGACCUGUUUAUAAGGGAACACUUGAUGAUGAGAGAGUAAUAGCUGUUAAACAACUCUCUGUAGCCUCCCACCAAGGCAAGGCUCAGUUUAUUGCUGAAAUUGCAACCAUAUCCGCUGUCCAACACCGCAACCUUGUCAAAUUAUAUGGAUGCUGCAUUGAAGGAGAUAAACGGCUUCUUGUUUACGAGUAUCUUGAGAAUAAGAGUCUUGAUCAAGCAUUAUUCGGAGACAGCAAGCUAUCUCUUAGUUGGACAACCCGGUUUGAAAUAUGCCUCGGGUUAGCACGCGGUCUUGCAUAUCUCCAUGAGGAAUCUCGAAUAAGGAUUAUACACCGAGAUGUUAAAGCUAGCAAUGUUUUACUUGAUGCUGAUCUCAACCCCAAGAUCUCGGACUUUGGUUUGGCCAAACUUUAUGAUGACAAGAAAACACACAUGAGUACUCGCGUUGCAGGCACAAUAGGGUAUUUGGCACCAGAGUAUGCAAUGCGUGGACACCUUACAGAAAAAGCUGACGUGUUUGGGUUUGGAGUUGUAGCUCUAGAGAUUAUUAGUGGAAGGCCUAACUCUGAUCCAACUUUGGAAGAUGAGCAAAUAUAUCUUCUUGAAUGGGCAUGGAACCUACAUGAAACUAAUAGUGAAGUUGAGUUGGUGGAUGAAGAACUGUCUGAAUUUGAUGAAAAUGAGGUAAAAAGAGUGACGAGAAUCGCCCUUCUAUGCACCCAAACCUCACCUAUGCAAAGACCAUCAAUGUCACGAGUGGUGGCCAUGCUUUCAGGAGAUAUGGAAGCAGGCGGUGUUAUUACUCGGCCCGGGUAUCUGAGUGGUUUUAAUUUUACAGAUGCUACAACCUUCAAAAGUGCUAUUGCAAGUUCAGGUACAGGUUCAAUACCAAGUACAAGUCACUCCACUGUUUCACCUAGCACACCUGAUAAUGAUUCCAGACCGAUGCUUCAUAAUAUCAUUGAGGAAGGUAGAUGAUGAUGAGAUGAUGAUUAUGACCGUUUGUUCAUGAAUAAUCAUUUUUGUGUAAUUUUUAUUAGAAUUUAAUAAUUAAGACAUACCAACGGAGAUGCCAUUUAUAUA